GUUAGUGUUAGUAGUGUAGUGUUGAGUGUUGAUUGUUGUAUCUUGAACAAUUAGUAGACAUAAUAUCAAAGAAAAUUUCAGUUGAAUGUAUUCGUUUAAGUUAUCAUCUAGAUAUGGGGGAGCAAGCAUGGGACACGGGAAAGAUGCGAGAAUGUAGGAAUGAAUGGAGUUUGGCAGCUGACACCCAGCUUCUGACUUACAUGCAACAGUUCUCUCAGAAGUUGCUGAGUGAGACACAUUCCACACUGAAGGCUCUGGACUCGUUGGAGUCAGAAGUGGCCACAACGUGUGUGGAAGUGAGCAACAUUGGCAGCCGGUUCUGGGCGUUGUCAGACACCCAGUUUGUCGAGAAUAGAGUAUACGAUGAUGAUGACGUCAUUUCACCAACUAGUCCAAUUUCUGCACAGGGUAUUGCUAAAGAAGACACUGAGAACCUUGUGAUCCAAAGGUUAAAUGAAGCUAUAAACAACGGGAUUCAAGUACUGGAUUCCAAGUUUGAGGUGGUCCAAGUAGUCUCCAGUGACUCGGAUGACGACGAGGACAGUUCACCGCACAGUGGUGUGUUGCUGAAGCCUGUGAACAGGUACAAAGAUCGGCCUCUGCCCCAUCUGAUUGGCUCCGCGGAGUUCCACUCGGACCACACUCUGGGACUGAGGGACUUACCCAGUGACGAGGAAACCGAUGAAUUCAUGAGUGCCAGUGAUAAGGCUUAUGAUGAGAGUGAAGACUCUGACAUAGAAAGCGACCAGACUAAAGCCCAAGAUAUCCUGGCACAUAAAGAAAAUACCAAUUACAGACCACUGGGCCUGGGAUUGCCUCGAGUUCAGUCGCAGUCGACAGUCAGUGCUAGUAAUUCCUCUCUUCCCUCAGGUGGUGAGGCUGAGGAUGAUCAGAAGAGGAUGUUUUCGAGAUGGCAACCCUCGGAUCUCUGGGCUCCAGAGGACGACAUUCCGAAAGUUGUUGGUGACAACUCCAGCAAUUACAGGCCACCUAGUGCGGACAGCAGUGUGUCUUCGGCCCCAAGUUCUAACAUAUCUGAGCCAGUGAAGAAGACCAGUGAAGACUUUGGAAAGAGUGGAUCUGGUCGACUACCGGUGUGUGUUCAAGAGGACCAGGAUCUGUUUGUUGAUAGAGGACCCCUUCCUGUUGCGCACCUGGUCGAGCCCAAGAAGUCUAUACCUGCAGGAGGUGUGAGGAUAUUUGGAGCAGAUAUCAAUCCAUUUCCAGGAAGAAAUCAAAUUAGGGACGAAGGUGUUGAAAGAUCAUCAUCAAAAUCUAAUCAACACGACAGGUGGGAAAGUGAUGAUGAUAGUGAUAUUUUUUCAAAAGCCCAAAAACCAUCAGUUAAGGUUUCAUCAUCCAAGGAUGCCCCUCCAAUUGGUGUAUCUAAGAAGAAGAAUGUAGACUUAUUUGAUGAUGAUGAAAGUGAAGAUGAUUUAUUUUCUAAUAAAGUGAAAUCAGUUAAACCCACCAGAGAUAUUAAAAGUAACUCAAUGAAAAAUGUGAAAACUCCUGUCAGUAUGCCAGAAAACUCACAGCCUACACCAGCAAUGAGAAAAUCUACACCUUUUAGUGAUGUUAACAGUCAAGUUGAUGAAGAAGAUGAUUUGUUUUCUGGUAAAGGUCUAUUCUCCAGUAACAAGUCUGGACUUUCUCACAAUCUCUUUACCGAUGACUUAUUUUCAUCUGAUAGUAGUGGUAUUUUUUCAAAUACUACUUCUUCAAUACAAAAACCAAGAAGUGAAGAAAGCUCAGGUAGUUCAAAAAAUACUUCAGACUCAUUAUUCUCCAGCGUUGAUUCCUCCAACAGCCUUUUUUCCACAUCUGAAAGUAGUGCGAAAUCAAACAUUAUCAAGUCUAAAAAAGUUUGUUGAAAAAGAUUUGUUUUCUGAUGAAGGAGAUUUGUUUGGUAAUUUAAAUUCAGCUGAUGAUCUGUUUGGAGCAUUUCCAGCACCCAAAAAGAAUGAAAAUCCAUCCAAAGUUAAAGAGCAAAGCACCACUUCAGCUAUAUCAAAGCCGC